CUUUGGCUUUGCAGCCCUGGAAGGAGGCGCAUGGUGUGAGUGUGCCAGCCACAGGGCUCUUUCCUUCCUUCCUGCAAGAGAGAGAAAAAGAGAGAGAGAGAGAGAGAGAGAGUUGGACAGAUAACGCCUUCAGAGAAGCGUUUUGCAAUUACCUUGCUCAUAGAGAGAGAAAGGCACAGACAGAGAAACAGAAAUUAACGACUGCGCCUUGGGCCCCAUGGCUGAGCCAGCCAGAUAGAUAGAUAGAUAGAUAGAUAGAUAGGAAAAACAUUACAUUUUAAGGAACUGUUUGCAGUGAGGGACACUUGGAGACAAUUCCCCGAACCCGUCUUGAUCGGUCAGUUCUUCCAGAGACCAGAAAGUCUGUGGACCUAGAGACAAGGUGAUGCCACAGCCCUGAGGAAGCCAUGGCAGCCCCACAGGAGGCCUGGAGGAGGCUGCUGGCAUGCGCCAUCUUCUCCCUUCUGCUCCCAGGAGCCAGUUCCUCCUCCUGUAGCAACAUUGCCGUUGAUGCGCCGGCUGUUCUUUGGGGAGGAAAUGUAUCGGCUUCUUGCACCAUCUGGAGGCAUCACUGCCGCUUUCAGGAGGAUGGGGAAACCCAGGUGAUGUGGAAAUGGGACAAGGACUUCCUCAACGGCACACAACACAGCUUCGGUGACAGUGGGGUGGAAGUUUCCAACAUCACCAUUGGACCCCUCAACCGGACACUGACCACCCUGAGCUGCUGGGUCCAGAAGAAAGGGACGCCCCAGAUCAUGAACCUCACCCACAUCCACGCCGGGUAUCCUCCAUCCGAGCCCCAGAACCUCACCUGCGUGAUGAACGUCACCACGAAGGAUCUGACAUGCCACUGGGACCCGGGACAAGAUGGCCUCCUCCCAGCCAGCGUCACUCUGCACAGCGUCCAGACCGACAAAGACUGCCAGGUCCAGCGGGCGGCCAUCCCUCCCUGCGUCCCUCCGGCUGGACAGAGCUCUUGCACCAUCCCUCGCCAGGACUUCCAGCUCUAUCAAUAUGUGAUGCUCUGGGUCUCGGUGGAAAACGUCCUGGGAACUGUGCAAUCGAGACCCUUGUGUGCCGACCCAACGGAUUUAGUCAAGCUGGACCCACCAACCCUCCGUGCCGUCCAGUCUUUUCCAGAGGAGACCGACUGUGUAAUGGUGGCCUGGGAUGGAGCAGAAGGCAGCAGAUACAUGCAACAGGCCUGCGAGCUCCGCUACCGGACGGACGGGGACCAGGAGUGGAUGCUGGUUGAGAUGCCUAACAUUGCUCCUUCCACUUGGCAAACGCAACACUGUGGCCUCCGCUUCGGCACCUUCUACGGGAUCCAGAUGCGGUGCAAGAGACUCCCACUCAGCUACUGGAGUGACUGGAGCCCUUUGAAGAACUUCACCACCCACGAGAAAGCGCCUUCAGGAAAGCUGGUCACCUGGUGGAAUGCAAAACCCCAAAAGCCCAGCAAGGGGACAGAGGUGCAGCUGAUGUGGAAGCCCAUGAGACCCGAAGAGACCAAUGGAAAGAUCCUGGGCUACUGGGCCACCCUCAGCCCCCGCUUGACCCCUGGGAAGUCCUCCUCCACUCUUUGCAACACCACAGAGUUGCAGUGCACCUUCUCACUGCCGUCUGGGACCCAAAGAGUUUUCCUCGUGGCCUACAACUCCAAGGGAGUUUCUCCACCCACAGAAGUAGUCUUGGUGGACAAGAGAGAUCAACCGAUACCCAAGAUCCGAGCCUCUCCGCUUGGUGAGAAGACCAUCCGGGUGUUUUGGGAUGCUCUGAGGACACCAGCACCCCUGGGUUACAUCCUUGAGUGGCGCAGAGUGGCCUCGGAGGACUUGGCGGAGGAUGGCGUGAGGUGGAUGAAGCUGGGGAACGGCAGCGCCAUGGAAGCCCUGAUCCAAGAAGAUAUUCAACCUUUCCAGCGGUACAACAUCUCUGUCUCUCCUCUCUACAAGGAUGGACCAGGGAUGCCCCAGUAUGUGGAAGCUUACACCUUGCAGAAAGCUCCAUCUCAGGUGCCCAAACUCCAUGCGGGGAACAUCAGCAAGUCGACGGCUGACCUUUCCUGGGAGCCCAUCCCAGUGGAAAAGAGGAACGGUUUCAUCACCAACUACACCAUAUUUUGGAGCAGCACCAACGAAGACAUGAGGAGUGCAAUUGUGAACUCUUCCGUGGGCUCCUUCAUCCUUCGGGGUCUCUGGCCUUCCAGGAUGUACCAGGUGCACAUCAUGGCCUCCACCGUAGGUGGGAGCACCAACGGAACGACCCUCACCCUCUACACCAAGGCCAUGGAUGACAUGGACAUCUCAUUUGUGUAUUUGCUCGUCGGUCUGCUCUUGCUCAUGAUUAUUGUCCUUGUCAUCUGUUUCCACAAAAGCAAACGGAUGAAGACACAAUUCUGGCCCAAUGUCCCAGAUCCGGCCAACAGCAGCCUGGGCAAGUGGGCCCCAGCCGUCCUGCAAGAGGAGAUCCCUCCAGCUCCCAAGGCUUGUGAGCUGAGCCCCGUUAUCGUCUCGGCCAUCUUGGUGAUUGAUACAGAGGAGAAAAAAUGCCUUUCCUGCGGCAAGAGCGAGCCCACGAAAGCCCUGGAGGAGGGCAGCCCUACAGCCAGCCAGAGGUCUUACGCCUGCGAUCCGUCCAACCCCACUUUAGUGACCAGCGUGGCAUUGCCUGCCUCCUACGUGAACAGCCCAGAGUCUGUCCAGUAUGCAAAGGUGGUUGGGGACCCCUACCGCUGUCAAGAGGAAGCGUCGCCCAUGUUCUACGUGCGCUCCAACUCCACACAACCCCUCCUGGGCAACCUGACCCCCAGCCCAAAGCCCUACGAAAACCUCUGGUUCCGCGGAGACCGGUCCAGCUGCGAGAGCAACUGCCAGUUCCAGGAGGAGGCCUUCUUCCUAGACCGGGCCUUGCUGGACUUCCCACUCCUGCAAGGACUCAGAGUCGAUGGCGAGGAUGACCUGGGCAACUUCCGGAGGGUGUAGGCUGGCAUUUCUGGAGUGAGAUGGGGGCCGCCUUCGUCCCAUGUGUUGUGAUUGUGGUUCACCUGCCUCGCUGGAAGAAGCAUGAAGCUACGCACUCCACCAAAUACCAUACCAGCCAUAGUCACUGUUUCUCUCUCUCAGGCCAGGGAAGUGGGAAGGAGGUCAGAAUUUGCCUCCCUGAGGAUGGAGUGACCCCUUUUGCUCCCAUCCCAGAUGAGCCAGGAUUUGUCAGGAGCAGCCAAGCCUUUGAUUUUGUCUUGUUGGGUGACAGGAAACCCUGUGCCAAACCUGCUGUUGAACAAGACGUAGGCCACUUGCUGCUUCUCUGGCCCUGGAAUUGAAUGGACAACCCACUCUCUGCCUCAAAGCUACCUCUAGAAAGAGACAGACUCACCUUCCUUCUCUCUCUCGCUUUCCUUUGCAACAUCACCCCUUCCUCACUGGCCUGCACCAUUUCUGCUGCUCACAAUAGGCCAUAAAGGUGUUGGUGCUUUUUAUGGCAGCACAGCAGCCCAUAACAUCAACAUGCAGCAGUGCUUUCUUUGUGGUGCUUAGUGGCAAAAUGGGGAGGGAAGAGAAAACCCAUCUCCCUCACCAAAUGCAGCAGCCCUGUUGGCAUCCUCUCCUGGCAGAGCUGGCUUUCCCAUUUCUCUCCACAGUUGUCAAUGUACCUAUGGCCAUCUGACCCCUGGGGAAAAAGAUAAAAGCAAAUGGCCUCCCAGCCAGUUAAUGGUCCUUGUUAUGUUGCUCUCCACAUCCCCUCCAACUGCCCUGAUUAGGCAGGGACAGUCCCAAGUAAUCCUCUCCCUUCCCACUUUUUCAGCUGCUUUUAAAAUGUCCCACUUCCUUUUUCCUCCUCCCACUUUCUCCUCACAUUCUGGCUUGCUUCAAUUACUGCAAACUGAGUUUAGGGUGCAAACAUAAUUUGCACUCAAUGAACCAGCAGGCUCAGUCCAAAGUGAACUGCUGUAGCUUGUCCUAGCUUGUCUGUUCUUCCCUUUUAAACACCUUUGCCAUCUUGACCACAACUUGGACACACAUGCCCCAGCUUUCAUCUGUGAAACAUUGGAGAGUAUGCCACGGAUAAUGAGAAAAUGUGCAGAUAGUCUUUAUGUUCCUGGGGGGUCAGGGUUGCUUUUGAGGCUUGUUUGUUGUUGUUGUUGUUGUUGUUUGGACCAAGGACAAAUAGUAUUUAUGUUUGGCAAGGGGCAUUAAAAAUGACUAAGAGAAAUGGCGAAGUGAGAAAGAGAAAAUGAGGUGUCUUCUUUUUCACCAUUACUGGAGGCAAAAUGGGGAUUCUUAAAAGGAACACCAGGAUUUUCCCCCCUAAAUAUGUUACCUCCACUACUGCUGCUAUUUAUCAUGUACAGUACGUAAAAUGCUGCAAAUAAAAGGUGCUUCGUAAUACUUUA